UUUUAUGUUUCAAUUUAUUACUUUUAUUUUUCGUUUAUCAUCAUAAGCCAAUAAUAAUUGAUAAGAACAAAUAACUAACCAACCAUAUGUAGAGUAAAAAUUUAUUAUUUAGUUUAGUAAUGAUUUUUUAACAAUUAACUUGCCAUAUCAAAUUUAACGGUUAAAAUAAAAUUUUAUUAUUAGAUUUAUUAGUGCAAUAAUAAUAAUCCUUAAAUCCAAUUUGAUUUGAAAAUUUAAAAAAAAAAAUGUUUCAUAAAAUUAAAGAAUCUUUUCAUCGUUUUGUACGUUAUAUUAAAUGGUUGCAUAUGCUUUACGAAUUGAAUACAUAUCUGUCCAUGUGUGAACCUUGGGAAAAAGUAUUUUUAAAUUGUUUGAUAGUGGCGUCGUUAUGUUUUAUCAUCUAUUCAACAUUUAUCUACAUACCUGGCCAUAUUUAUUCACUUAUAAUCUAUUUUACGGCGUCGCCUACAAUUGUCGAUAUGCCACCGUUGGGAAUGAAUGAAAUUGGAUCAUGAUAAGGAGAAAAGUUUUAGUUUAUAAGUAUUUAAGUUAUAUUUUAGUUAAUUUGUUUUUUUUUACUAAAAAAAUAAAUAUUUAUUAUUAAUAAUAAACU